UAAACGUCACUAGCACGCAGAGGAACAGGAGGGACCAUAAUGCUCAGAAAAUACCCCCAUUCGCUAUGUCAAGCUCUUCCAGCGACACAUCAAGCAGCUCUUCACUUUCAUCAGAACCAACCAGCCAGAUCUCCAUGGUUCAGGAUCAAACCCUGCUGGACAUUGCCUCCAUCACUAGAUUGGCCCCAGGAGAAUCACCAAGCCCUCAACCAUCUGAGCAAAGAGAUAAAAAAUCAGCAAUAUCAUGUUCCAGCCCAUUCAGAGCAAAGAUUAUUCCAGCAUCUUGCCCAGCCAGCCCCAGGCUCAGUCUAACAUGCAGCUCAGCCAAGCCACAGCAAUACUCUGACUCCUCUACAGUCAGUCCAGGGAUCAAUGCAAAUUCCUUCUACACCUUUUGUCCUCACACAGCACAAAACGUACAAGCUUCAUCAUCAGCUCACACACUGACCCCAACCAGGAAAAGCACAAGGCCUCCAGCAACAAUGACUCCUGAAGAUAGUUCCCAGUCUCCUGGCUAUUCUAAAACUGGAUUAAAGAAUACAGGAAAGGGUUUUGAAUCAGAUCUGGAAGAUCCUGAUCAUGAAAGGAGAUUUGUAACCGCAAAGGAAUUCCAAACUAUGGAGAAAGAACUAGAGGAUGUUAAAGAAGAACUGAAAUGCCUGAAGUGGAAAGUGAGACACAUUGGUGAGACUGUGCAACCCCUGGCCGAAGACAGCAAGCGUUACAACGGCUAUACCCUGACGGAGCUCAAGGCAAUGGUGCAGUCCGAAGAUGACCCUUACAAGGCUGCACACAAGAUCCUAACUGCGCUCUUCAGCGAUGUCUACUUGCUACAGCACUCAGUCACUGAACAGGCCUGCAACUCCCAAUCUCUGCCCAAGCCCAAAAUAGACCCAGAGCUGUACAUGGUGUACUGUGACAUUCUGAAAAGCAUAUUCCCUGGAAUUAGCAGCCAGACCUUGAGGGAAGAGACACAACACGUGCAGAAAAGCACCCAGAAAGAAGUGCAAUAACACCGGGGCUCACAACAUGUUCUGUGAAGUGAGAAGUCUCCAAUGAUUUUAGAGGACUGAACUGUGGGUACGUACCUUUGGUUGAGUCUAUCCCCUUUAGGUAUGAAUCAUCUGAUAUUGGUGAGCUCUGAGCCCUUCAUGUCACUUGCCCAAUGAGACAGGAUGGGAAGUCGUUCUGCAUACUUUCCACAUACUUUUACUUUCCACAAUUUAGAAAAAAACGGCCCCCCAUAGUGUCUCUUUCAAGAUAUGGAUGCUUCCUUGUCUCCAGCAACGCUAAAUGCUGACAAAAGAAUCCAGAGAAGGCAUUUUGUGUCCAAGCAAGGGCCUUCCCCCAGCCCCAAACAGACCAACCAACCAACCAGCAUCUGGGUAGUUUCUAUUUU